AUGGGACCACGCCCUUCCCUAAUCCCGGACGUAGAUCCAACUCCUGUUCAGGAAGAGAAACCUCCACCUCCUGCCCAGCCGGCUGCUCCACCAAAACCAGAGCCCGGUAAACCACCGAGCAGAGCAGGAGCAUGUCGAGUUUGCCUGAAAGCCUUCAAACCUGACGAUUUUAGCAGGACAUGCGCUGAAUGUACCCAACGCGUUUGCGAAGACUGUGCCAGUUACAGUAAAAUAGCCGACGACGAAGAUCCCCAAGACUGGAAAUGUAGCGUUUGCCGGAGAAAGUUACAAUCAAGAAUAGCUGUAGCUCAAGAUUCAACCGAAAGCCUUUUGGACGUACCGGUUCAAGAAUUACAACGUAGACAUUCAGAAGCACGAUUAGGAGCAGGCACUUCGGCUGUAAGCUCUCUUGGAAGUGGCCUGGCUCCACCUAGGAGCCCAGAACUAAGACGACAUUCGGACGUUUCUCCUGCAUCUCUAAAAGAACUCGAAAAGUUAAAAGGUGGCGCAAAACCUUCCGAACUAGAUUGGACUAAAUCUAAAGGUGGUAGAAGUACAGCAGCUAGCAGACAAAAUAGUCCUCCUCGUGAAAUUGCACCUGCAACUCGUUCUCGUCGUGCUUCAAGGGUUACCCGCCAGCACAGCUACGGUGAAGAAAAAACAGGAAGUGUUGGUGGUUCCGGAGAAGAUACGGGAUUAGCAUUACCCGCUCCUAUGCCCAGAAGAGCAUCAGCAUAUGACGUUUUCUCUGUACCUGGUCUUAGUACGGUGACCACGUCACCUGCAGGCGGUAGAAGACCAUCUUUUAGGGUUCCUCCGCCAGAAAAUAAUAGCCCACCAAAUUCAACACCUGAUGCCACAUCGCCUCCAACACUAAUUGCUCCAGAUGACGAGAGUAGAAGAACUAGAAGAAGAGGGUCGCAACUGCCGGACAUAGCUGGUUUAAGGCCGUUGCCAACCCCUAGGCCGACGCCAGCUCUAGAAGAUCUAGAAGCGGCGCCGCCUCGACGACAAGCGUCGGUAGACGCAGAAGCUAUACGUAUAGUGAUCCAUGAUGUCGAUUCUGGGUCGACUGGAGCGGCACAGCGCAGGGUCGUACUCAGGCGAGAUCCAACUGACAAGGCUCAUAGAAAAACCCUUACGCGAGGAUUUGGCAUGAGAGUGGUAGGAGGCAAAAGUGGAGCUGAUGGACGUUUGUUUGCCUAUAUAGUAUGGACAGUACCUGGAGGGCCAGCUGAAAAAGGUGGUCUUCAACAAGGAGAUAAAGUUCUCGAAUGGGGCGGAGUGUCUUUAAUAGACCGCUCUUUUGAAGAAGUGUGUGCCAUAAUGGAUCGAACGGGCGAUGUUGUGGAGCUACUGACUGAACAUGCCACCGAUUUACGAAUGUGUGACAUUCUCGACGAUCCCAUACCACCACAACCGCCCAGCAACAUGGGAACCGGCAUGGGGACCAGAAAAGUAUCAGACGCCGGUCUAAUUGUUGGUCUUCAUGUCGAUGGAGAAAACGAAAAAACACCAUCAUCACCGACGAGAAGGAAAUUACCAAAAACCCCGGAACAAAUAGUAAAAGAAAGACAAAUCUCUGGAAGAGUGCAAAUACAAGUAUGGUACCAUGACGAACGUAAGGAGUUGGUUGUUGCAGUACUUGCUGCAGAUGAUUUAGCUCCACGGGACGAAAGUUUGGGUCAUGGUACUCUUCCCGAAGCCUACGCAAGAAUUGCUCUGCUUCCACUAACGGACGAUCAACACUGCGUCCAAACUGAGGUAGCUCCAGCCAGCCAAAACCCCAUCUGGAAUGCGAACUUAAGCUUUCCAGGCGUUCCCGGGGAUGAAUUAAUGGAACGAACCUUGGAUGUAAUCUUGUGGGAUUUAGUUCCACAAAAUGAACCAAGCUUUCUUGGUGAAUGUUCCGUCGACCUGCAAAAGGCCUUUUUAGACGAUCGUGCAGUUUGGUGUCGCCUGGAAGAUCGAAAGCCUAGAAGUGGAAAAUCUCCGCACACUUCUCCCCGUGGUUCUCUGACUGGAAUGAGCCGCAGAACGGACUUUAGUAGUCAGAGAAGCGUUUCCGAUGACGUGGAUUCUAUAGGCGAAUGUACCAGUUUAUUGCACCCAGAUCAUGCGUGGGGAUCAAGAAGAGGCUCGUCACAAUCUGAACAACUCGAGGUGGAAGUAUACCAGUUAGGCAAAGACUUCUCCAAAUCACUUCCAGGGUCCAGAAGGUCUUCUUUUCAAUCACCACAAGAACAGCAACAAGAAGAAGCUCCGGCUGUUCCUCCUCCUGCUUCCUAUUCUCGCGAUAGAAGAAGGAGCAGCUGUACCAGAAUGUUGAGAGAUCCUGAAGAGAUCCUUAAAUCUCUGAAAGCCGUCAAAGGCGAGUUGGGGCGUACCAUGAGCUUCACAGGAGACAAAAGAAAUAGAAGUAAGCGUGGUUCUUUAGGAUAA